AAUUCACAAUAUGUAUUCAUGCUGAGGACAUCCGACGUACGUUAUUAUGAUUACAUUGUAGAUUGCGUGCUUGUUUCUUAUAAGUUUACAUUGGACCCAAACUCUAUAAAUUAAUAUAUAAUAUUAUUAUAAUAUUAUAUUACGAGUAUAUACGUAUGCGUAUUGGACAGUUGUUUCAGUUUCGCCCGAUACGGAUGAGUGGUACGUACUGUUUACAUCGUCGGACUGUGUAUAAUUAAAUCAAUCGCUGUCUAUUUAUAAUAUAUUACUUUAUGGUGCACCAUUAAAUAUAUUUCCAUAAUAUGCUGAAGACUGUAGUAUAGCAGGAUCGGUCAAACAUUUAUACUGUAUGGCGGAAAUCCAAGGGUUGAAAGAAAACAACAAGACGUUAAUUCAUACAACAUUUAAACAAAAAAAAAAAACUAAUACACACUAUAUUAUACUGUAAUACGCAUACAUAUAUAACGCGUUUCUUGUUUGGCGAGUGGACUGCAGCAUGAGUGUGUGACACGACGUCAUCGAGCACGCGUGGAUUGUCCACAACGCGUUCUGCGAUCACUCACGAUAAUUUACUAUACACAACAAGACAGCUGAAAUGGCUACUCUACUGAAAUGGCUAUUGUCGAUCAUGGCCAUAAUGAUGAUGACUGGAUCAAAUGUUAUAGCCACGGAUGACUGCUGGCCCAGAAAAUUUGCUUACGGCACGGUGUGCGUGUGUAACUCCACAUACUGCGACCGGAUACCGGAACCGGAAAUAUUAUCUGUCGGCAAGUACGCGUUGUACACGUCUUCAAACACUGGAAUCCGAAUGCGUAGAAGCGAUGGGUCUUUUGUGCCAUCGCUCGACUCGCAAUGGACCGGCGACGAGAUAGAUGUGGAUGCGUCAACCACGUACCAAACCAUACAUGGUUUUGGCGGUGCUUUCACAGACUCUGCGGGUAUCAACGUUAUGGCGUUGAGCCCGAACUCCCGACUCAAUCUUUUAAAGUCUUAUUUUGCUGAUGACGGUAUCAAGUACAAUAUUGGGCGAGUGCCGAUUGGCGGCACCGAUUUCUCGACGCGCAAGUAUACGUAUGCCGAUAGCAAAGGCAUCCCAGAUUUGAACAAUUUCGAUUUGGCCCCCGAAGACGUAGAAUACAAGAUACCUCUGAUGAAGAUUGCAAUGGGUAUGGCGUCGGACGAAAUCAAGUUAAUUGGGUCUGCGUGGACUGCCCCACCAUGGAUGAAAACGAACAACGACUAUUCCGGCAUAGGUUUCCUCAAACCAACAUUCAUGGAAGCGUGGGCGGAAUACCAUCUAAAAUUUUUAGACGAGUACCGCAAACAAAACUUGACUUUCUGGGCACUAACCACGGGUAACGAACCUCUCAACGGCAUCGUACCCGUGAACCGAUUUAAUUCUCUGGGCUGGACUCCGAUGUCGCAUCGCGAAUGGAUCGGGCGUCACAUGGGGCCCCGGUUAAGGAGUUCCGAACACAACAGCACGCUAUUGUUCGCCAUCGACGAUCAACGGAUCGUAUUGCCUUGGUGGAUGAAAAUGCUUAUGAGCGACGAACAGUGCGCAAACUACAUCGACGGAAUAGCCGUGCACUGGUACUUAGAUUUUAUCGUUCCUGUUAAAGUUUUGAAUGAAGUACACAAAAACUUUGGUGAUAAAAUAAUAAUGAACACUGAAGCGUCGCAAGGUGACAAGCCGUGGGAUUUCGUCAAAGUACAAUUAGGAAGUUGGGCUAGAGCUGAAAAUUACGCGAACAACAUCAUUGACGAUUUAAAUCAUUGGGUGCAAGGAUGGGUGGAGUGGAAUUUAGCUUUAGACAUGAAGGGAGGUCCGACCUGGGUCUCUAACUUUAUCGACUCGCCCAUUAUUGUUGAUAAGGAUAAAGAUGAAUUCUACAAGCAGCCAAUGUUCUACGCGAUUGGACAUUUUUCAAAAUUUAUUUCCAGAGGUUCUACUCGUAUAAAGUUGACACAGACAUCGGUUGUGAAGUCAGUCGGAUUUAAAAGGCCUGAUGGAGCCGUGGUUAUUGUUUUAUACAACAGGAGGAACAAACCAGUCAACAUUUCUAUUAGGGAUCCACAGAGAGGUGUUAUAGGCCUCAAUUUACAAAAACAAUCUAUAAAUACACUAAUUUUUUGGUAAUAAUUACUACUUUUGAUAAUAUUUUUUAUGUUAUUUAUAAAAAAUACAUUCAAUAAUGUAUCACAGAUUAAAUAAAAAUUAAGUAGUGAUUGUAUCAUAUACAUUAUUAGUUGUAUAAUAUUAAAAAUAUUUAUGUAUUAUUUUCAACACAUAUAUUCAACAAUUGAUUUAGUAAUAAGAAGUUUUUAAUCGAUUUAUAUUAUAUUAUUGAUUAACAAAACAGUGGAAUUAAAUAAAAAAUAUCUUUGGUGCUAUGUA